CCCGUCUGCAAUCUCGCCCUCGUGACCUCCGUCUCGCGUGCCCUCCCCUCCCUCCCCUCCCCCGUCGUGCGCGACCGGAGCUCGCCGCCCACCACCCCUGAAUCCCAGCCCUAGACCAGCGGGUCUGCUGAUUCUGGUGCGAGCGUUGGAUCAGCUACCCACCGGCGGGCCAUGGCGAGGUGGCGGCCGGCUAUGCUGCUGGUAGCGGCGCUGGCGCUGGCGGCGGCCGCCGGGUGGCGGGCGGAGGCGCUCUCGGUGACCGUGACGGACACCGAGUGCAUCCACGAGUUCGUGCCCUACGAGGGCGACUCCGUCUCGGGCAACUUCGUCGUCGUCGACCACGACAUCUUCUGGAGCUCCGACCACCCCGGCAUCGACCUCACGGUAACUUCACCAGGUGGUAACACUGUAUAUACGAUGAAGGGAAAGUCUGGUGACAAAUUUGACUUCAAAGCUCCAAGGGGUGGAAUGUAUAAGUUUUGCUUCCAUAAUCCAUAUGGGGCACCUGAAACUGUUUCUUUCUACAUUCAUGUUGGGCACAUACCCAAUGAGCACAAUUUGGCGAAAGAUGAGCACUUGGACCCUAUCAAUGUGAAAAUUGCAGAGCUGAAGGAAGCACUGGAAUCUGUCACUGCCGAGCAGAAGUACCUAAAAGCACGUGACGCUCGUCACCGACACACAAACGAGAGCACCAGGAGGCGUGUCAUGUUCUACACUAUGGCGGAGUAUGCGGCUUUCAUGGCCGCCAGUGCGUUGCAAGUCGUUUACAUCCGCCGCCUGUUCAGUAAAAACGUGGGGUACAACAGGGUCUAGGGCACCGUCUACUUCAAGGCAUGGCAGCAGCAGGUGGCUCCAACAGGGAAUGUUUUCUGUCAUAUUGUAGCUUUUCACCCCUUUUUCUUGGUGUUAGUCUAAAAAUACUCUUUAAUUUAUAUCACCAUGUACCUUUAGCAGCAACUAUCGUGAAAUGUGAAGGGCACUUGUGGGACAUAGAUACAUAAUUAAUCCUCAGAGUCUUCAUCAUAUUGAAAGGGGAAAAAAGGGUGUCGAGAGUAUCGAUGAUGUGCUAUGAAGUUUGUAAAUCCUGGUACAAAGUUCUUGUUCUCUCUUUUAUUCUAUCACGUCUUGGUCCA